CAUACAAUUUAUUCUCUCUCUAUCAAUUUAUUUUACAUGGUAUUAGAGCAGGUUUAGAACCUAGUAUUUUUCACUUCACCGGCGGGCGGCAACCUCAUCUUAGCCGUCCGCCGGACCUCAAUCUAUUCCGCUUAUUUUCUACACUCCGGUGAGGAAGUCUCACACAUCCACUGCAGAUCUACUCACCUGGUCUGAACAAAAGGACACCUUGUUCAGGGUAUAAAUUAAAGGAGAUGACUGGUAGCUCCAUUUUUGCUGCUGAUGCAGAAAAUGGGGCACUAGAAUCUGAUGUGAACCCUACUCCAAAUAACCAAACUGGGUUACGUAUGUACCAGCAAGCGGUCGCUGGACUCAGUCACAUCUCCUUUGGUGAAGAAGAAAGUGUUUCUCUCAAGAAGCCAACUGCACUGCAUGAGGUGUCAAAGCAGCGUGAGUUGAGUGGGACGCUAGAAAGUGAAUCGGAGGCCAAGUUGAAGAAGCAACUUUCUGAUGCUAAGUGCAAGGAACUUAGUGGGAAUGACAUCUUUGCUCCGCCUCCUGAACUUCAACCACGGCUGUUGGCAGCUCGAGCUUUGGCCUUAAGAGAAAGCAUAGAAAUUGGCGAACCUGCACCACGUAACAUACGCACAUCUGUCAAAGUUUCUAAUCCCGCUGGAGGUCAGAGCAGUGACUUGUUUAAUGAGGAGCCCAUAAUCAAGCCAGCAAAGAAGAUUCCCAACCAGAAAUUUGCAGAGCUGAAUGGUAAUCACAUUUUCAAAGGAGAUGCUCCACCAACAUCUGCUGAGAGAUCACUGAGUUCAGCUAAGCUGCGAGCAAUGAGUGGCCACAUAUUUUUGCUGAUGGGCAGGUAGAAUCUCGAGACUACUUUGGCGGGGUUCGUAAGCCUCCUGGUGGCAGCAGCAUCAUUGCCCAAAUCCUCUCUUUCUCGGAGGCAACCCAGAAACACACCACAGAAUCAUUAUUAUGCUUCCCA